UUUUUGCAAUAGAUUUUCCAAAAUAUUUACUUUUUAGCGAUUUUUUUCCCAAAAUCUAUCGGUAGAACUAAAAUUCAUAUCCAAUUAUUACCCACCCCUACUGUCCAAAUGUAUAUAAAUUAAUAAAAAAAUCAAAUAAUAGAUCAUUGAACUCUCGCCUGAUUGGGCGGGGUGGGGAUGAAAAGAAAAUUUUAGUAAAAUGGCCGCCGUGUCCUGCGAAAGUGUUUUGUAGUCUUCAGUGAUGAAAUUUCCGUAAUUUAGUGCUUAAAAAUGGAAGAAACUAAAGUAAUUUAUCAUAUUGACGACGAAGAAACCCCUUACUUAGUGAAGAUACCGAUUUCGCCUGAUAAAGUGACUCUGGCGGACUUUAAAAAUGUUCUCAAUAGGCCCAAUUACAAGUUUUUCUUCAAGUCCAUGGAUGAUGAUUUUGGGGUUGUCAAGGAGGAAAUAAUAGAAGAUUCUGCCCAUCUACCAUGUUUUAAUGGCAGAGUUGUGAGCUGGUUGGUAUCUGCUGAUGGUUCAAACCAAUCAGAUGGUGGUUCUCAAUGCACUGAUAGUGUGUCACACCAAGCAGAGCCAAGGUUACCUCCACAGGCUCCAGAAUCUGUCUGCACUGACACCGAAUCUAUUAUAAGCUCAAGACAGGGUAGAAGACAUCACAAAUAUUCAUCAAGAAUCAAUGGGCAUCUUCCAAGAGUUUAUGAGACAGCUUCCAUUGUAAGUUCUGACAUUGAAACUACAAGUUUUCAAUCUGAGACUACUGGCAGACAUACUGCGCUUUCAGAAUGUUCAAGUGUAAGCCGGCUGCAUGUAGCCGGCAGGAAAAGGCCGCAGAGGCGGAGAAAACAGAGACUUCAAGCAAUAUCCCGCACAAGUUCUUAUUCCAGCAUAACAGAUUCCACAAUGUCUUUAAACAUAAUAACUGUUACCUUAAAUAUGGACACUGUUAAUUUUCUUGGCAUAUCAAUAGUUGGGCAAAGUAACAAGGGUGGGGAUGGUGGGAUCUAUGUUGGUUCUAUAAUGAAAGGGGGCGCAGUGGCUCUAGAUGGGAGAAUAGAGCCAGGCGACAUGAUCUUGCAGGUUAAUGAUGUCAAUUUCGAAAAUAUGUCAAAUGAUGAGGCUGUUAAAGUUUUAAGGGAAGUGGUUCAAAAGCCGGGACCAAUAAAAUUGGUUGUUGCCAAAUGCUGGGAUCCUAAUCCAAAAGGUUACUUUACCAUUCCCAGAACAGAACCUGUAAGACCCAUAGAUCCUGGUGCAUGGGUAGCUCAUACAGCGGCUGUACGAGGGGAUCCAGUAGCCAGACCUCCCAGUAGUUCAACUGUCUCAAGUACUUCCAUCACUAGUACUAUACCAGCCAAUGAACGUGAGUGUCUUCUAGGUUCGGACCUGGUAGAACCCCUUACAGUCAACUCACCAAUGUCUGAAAUAGUACAAGCGAUGCAGAGGCCGGACAGCGGGCUCGAGAUUCGCGAUCGAAUGUGGCUGAAAAUCACUAUACCGAACGCUUUUAUUGGUACAGACCUCAUUGAUUGGCUGUUGACGCAUGUAGAAGGAUUUCAGGAGAGAAGAGAUGCGAAAAAAUACGCUUCAAAUCUCCUUAAAGCUGGAUUUAUUCGACAUACAGUGAAUAAGAUUACUUUUUCCGAACAGUGCUACUACAUUUUCGGCGAUCUAUGCUCUGCGAUGAGUAACUUAAAGCUUCAAGGAGACACGGAUAGUGUUGGUCCACUUCCGAACGUUCCCAACUAUAUGCCAUACAGUGGAACUUACAAUCCCUUGGAAUAUAUGCCAAUGCCCUUCUACAGCGAAAACACCGUUUACGGAUACAAUAAAGAAGAAAGCGUGCUUAGCGGAAGCGGGGGAAGCUCAAACGGUUCGGAUCCUUUAAAAGACAACGUGGUGGGACACAGCAGCGCGAGCGACUCUGAUCUGACGUCGCUGGGUCCGAGGUCCGCCAUGCCCCACGCAGGCGCAAGUGGUAACGGCAACGGCAGCAGCAAUGGGUCGGAGCGCAGCAGUGGUACGCAGGUGGCAGCUAGCGGCAAAGACAUAGCCGUUUUAAGUUACCUCUAAGCGCAAUUUUCACCAUUCACUAUAUUUUGCAAUGAACUUGCAAAACUUGUUUUUAGUGAAGUAUUUUUUAGAUCAGAUGGGAGUCGUGAGCUACCAGUUUACUCAAACAUAAGGAAGAACUGAUCAUAAAGACGUACGAACAAAUCAACUGAAGUAUACCAAAAAAAAAACACAAUUUUUUAACAAAUAUUUUAUAAUGGCUUAAAUGUACUAUAUUUUAAUGUUAAAUGUACAGGUAUUUCUCGGUAGUAGAAAGUAGACACCUUAUUUAGAUUCGUAUUCCAUGGAAGAAGGUUAAUUUAGGUUAGGUGUAUUGGUUAUUAGUUUGAUAUACGUACGUAACCAUUUUGUUUUGUUGUACAGCAGAUUCUUAAAUCAAACUGCUACAGAUAAUGUUCUACUUCAUAAGAUUCUUCUACUUUACUAACGAAAGUUAUUCUGAAACCGGACCCUGCAACCCAAUUUAAAGAUAAUUAAUUCUUCUCUUAUUUAAGCCGUAUUUUAGCGAUCUAUCGUCUCGCCUGCUUAAGCAUCACGCGAUCAUUUCUUUAAACGAAUUACAUCAUGUCGUUUGUCAGUUUGUUUUGAUUUGUGCUUAUGUUGUUAUUUAUUAACAUUUUGAAAAGUGAGUGAAAGAUAUGCGAACAUCAUGCUAAUUUAAUUCCUAUGGCAAUCCGUUUAAAUUAAUUCAUUAUUCUCUUUAAUAUGGUUCGUAUUAUACUGGGUGACACAGGAAAAAGGAAACACUUAAUGAUUUUUUUACUUUUCAAGAUAAACAAAUGAAAUUUGGUAUAGAAUGGUUAUAAUAAUAAUCAUGACAUAUGAAGACGUUUAUUACCGUUAUCACCAAUAGGAAAGUAUAUCAGCUGUUACAUUAUUCAAAAAUUCAUCCAAUGCGUAGGGAAGGCCGUGGUUAGUUGAAACAAUUUUCAGAAAUAAUUUUUUUGUAAAAAACUGAAAAUGGAGCAAAAAUAAUCAAAAUGCAUAAAGAAUUGUAAAACCCUCUUUAAUAGAACACGCCUCUCGUUUAUAAAAAAUAAUUUUGUUUUCUACAAAAUAACGAAAAAACUAAACACGCUGUUACAACUUGCCCGAAGUCGGGGUCAGUUGAAACUGGACUGGGGUUAUUUGCAACAGUAGGUUUUAUUAACCUAUAUUAUUUUCUAUAGAUAUUAAAAACUAAAAAAGGAACUGAUAGGAAUAUAUAAUACUUAAAAACAUACAAAAGGACAAGACUAAAUACGUUUCGCAGUUAGUCUGCAAUCUACAUGUCAUCAUCGGAGUCGCAAUUCUGACAUACGAAAAAUGGCGUUUUGUUAGUAUACUCCUCAUGGCCCCAAUAAUGGCACUGAGUGCACUGCACCCAUUUUUCUUUUGGGCGAGAAUUAAUAAAAGACUCGCCACAAUUUAGGCAAAAUGUUUCCUCUUCCUCCUCCUCUGAGCUGCAGGGUGCCUUCGAUUUUCGAGAAAGGCGGAAUUCUGUUGUAGUCUCUGAUUUCGAUAUGUUUCUCUUUACCUUUUUUUUAUUCUUUUUGAAUCUUUUGCUCAUGUAUAAGUUCAAGCUCUUGCUUAUUUGGUGUGUCGGUCCAAAUGGCGGAUUUGCCGCGUUUUCUACCUUUUCUUAUACCAGUGCGUCCUGCAGCCUGUGGAGUGGGUCGUAAAUCUUCUGGAGUAAACCGAUGCUUCCGAAUACUAGUAGAUGGACCAGGUUGUUCUAUAACUUGCGGUUGUACAACUUCUAACUCAUCGUUGUUUGGAGUCUUCGCAGGAGUCUUUUCAAGGGUAACAAGAAGUGAUGAUUUUCGUCAAAUUUUGAAUGCAUGUUACUAGUGUCCCUUUGUAUUCACGCUAUUAAUUUGACGCUAAAACAUUACUGUACAUUAACUGUAACUUUAAUAAUUAGAAAUUCGUAUUUUCAAAAUUAACACAGCAAACCUUGAAAACAUUAAGGGUAAUUUGUUAAAUAAAAUAACUAUUUACGGUAACACGCCUAAUUUCAUUUUAAAGUAAUACUUUCAUAAAAACUUUUCGAAAUGUUGUCCUUCCAUUUCAAUACAUAAAUUAAUUCUUCUUUGGAAGUUCCAACGAAUCCUAGAAAAUAUGACUUCUGUUUAAUUAUUUCACACUUAUCAAUAACUGGUUGUCUUAGUUCUUCACGGUUAUUUACAGGAACCUUGUAAACGAGAGAUUUUAUAGGUAACCCCAAAAGAAAAAAUCCAUAGCGUUUAGAUCUGGCGAUAUAUACAAUAAUAACUUAUCUUACUGCACUACUGUUGACAUGUCGUCCACUCAAUGCCAAAACCACGAAUGUGCAAUUUUUCAAUUUUUCGCCUAGGGUAAACUACCCAAUUGUUGGCACCUUAAGGAGAUAGCUACAAGUUUUUUUUCAUAAGAAAAAAAAUAUAUGAAAUAGAGACACUUUACACAAUUUUUGACAAAUAAAAAUCUCUAAAGAGUUAAACAAUAACAAAAAAAACUCGAAAUAUUUAUCAAAAAUUAGUUGAAACUGCAAAAAUUAUCAAAUUUAGCAAAUUUCCAAUAGUUGGCACUAAAAAAAUUCCAAUUGUUGGCACCCUAUUUCACCUGAAAUAAUAAAAGCGAAACAAAUUUUAAAAGAAACAUUUAUUGAGAAAUGUACCUAUUUAUGCCUUGUGUACCCUUAUACUGUACUAUUUAUACCCUAUGUGUUAAAAAUUUAGACUAACUAAAUUAACAGUCAUCCAGUUUAUAAAUUUAGCACAGAACAAAAUAAAAAAAAAAUAAAUAAAAAAUGAUUUUAAACUAAAAUAGGGCAAUAACAUGCAGUUAACUUAUGAAGUUUUAUUUUUAAAAUCACAACUUUUACAUACAAAGUUGUCAUGAUAUAUCUCGUGUUUCAUUAAACAUUUAUAAUGAUAAUUUCUGGUGCAAGUUGAACAUUUUACACCAAAAUUAAUGAUACUAAUAUUGUACGUACAUAUAAAGCAUAAUCCAUUUUUUGUUAUGGUAUUUUGACUCAAAAUGGACUCGUUCAAUUUUACAGUGCCUUCUUGUUCUUUACUUUCACUCUCAAAUAAAUUUCUGACAUGGGUUUCUUUCUUUUUUGCAACCUGUAUAUUAUUUAUUUGAGAGCUUGGACCCGCUUCUGAAAAAAUGUUUGAGUAAUUAGACAUAUUUAAUUUUUUUACACCUUUGUCCUUUUCUUUUGUUAUAUUAUUUUUUGCUUGUAGUUUUUUCACUCUUUUUUGCUUGUUUUCCUCAUUUUUUAAAUCAUUUUCUUUCUUUUUUUUCCUUUUCCAAUGCAUUUUCUUCUCUUUUUAAUUUAUUUUCUUCUUUUUUCUUUUCCUUUUCAAUUUUUAUUUCUUCCUUUUCUUGAAGACUUUUUUUAUAGUCAGAGGAAAUUAAAACAAAUGAUGUUCUUGUAGAUGUCCUCUUUCCGCUUCUUUCAGGUGUUUUAGGCUUUUCUAAGUAGUGUGCUAUAUUUAAUUCGUGCGGCACAGGAUCCACAUUAUCAUCACUUUUAUGUAUUUCAAGCACGGAGUCAUUUGCACUUUUUAUAGAGAUUGAGAUAUAAUCAAUUUUGGUUUCUUCUUUUCAGGUGUGUAAACAUCUUCGUUCGAGAUUUUAGAUUCUGUUUUUUUAGGACUUUUAAUUUUAAUAUUUUCCAAAUUUGUCGAUUGUCCAUCUUCAUCAUGAUCAUCAUAUUUGUCUUCUAAUAUUUCAUCACUUUCAGGAAAUUCAUCAUUAUUAUCCAUCCGAGCAAUUUCAAAAACUACAGGCAUGCUAAGUAUUUCUUCUUCAAGAUAUUGAACAUUUUCUUCAAUUUCUGCAACCCCUAUUUCAUAUUCAUUUAUUUCCUGCUCAACCUCUAUAAGACUAUUUUCUACUAUAGAGAUAUUUAAAGCGCUGGAUGGUUUAAGCUUGGAGUAAAUGUUUCUUAAAAUGUCAAAAUAUUUACAAUUUUUAUGAUUUUCGACAGCUUUUCCGGUUUCAAGCUCUUGAAGAAGAUCAGUAUUUAGCAUUUUGCAAAAUAAAUCAUAGUCGAUUUUUUUGUCGGUUUUAAUUUCCUCUAGAUGUUCAAUUUCCCUUUGUUUCUUACCGAGACAUUUAGAAUAAUCAAUACUCUCUGGAUUCCACGGAAACAAACCAGAACUUUUAAAACCGUUGACUAUAGCCUCGCCCUUUAAAUUUUUUAGUGCUUUAUCCAAUAUGGGAGCAAAGUGAUGUUUUCCUAAUUGGCAAUAUGGAUUUUCUCUUCCCCAGCUUAGUACUCCGUACUUCCAGAAUGUUUUUAGCGGCUUAAAACAAGAAACGUCUACCGGUUGCAUAAUUCUUGUUGAGUUGGGAUAUAAAGCCACUAAAAUUAUUUGCAACUGACUGCACACUUUACUAAGCUCAUAGGUAAGAUGUGUUGCAUGUCCAUCAACAAAUAAAAUAACUGGAAAUAAAAUUUGCUGUUUCACAAGGUUUUUAUGAAAUAUUUCUUUGAUAUAAUCAAUAAAAACUUCGGACUUCAUCCAGCCAUUUUCAGUGGAGGCAAUACCCCAGUGAUCUGGAACACUGUCUGAUAAAGUUUUUGAUAUUCUCUUAUUGGGAAAUAUUAUUAGAGGCGGAGUCACAUCCCCUGCAGCCGAAAAACUAAACAUUACUGUUAGAUUUUGCUUUGCCUGGCCCCUGUCAACUUCAUAAACAUUUUUCUCAGACUUUGCUGCUAGAACUUUUCCAAGUUUUGGGCAAAACAAAAAACAUGUCUCAUCACCAUUAUACACUCGUCGCGGAUCUUCCAAAAUGGAAAAGUAUCCUUUACUUUUUAGGUACGUUUCUAUAUCCCCAAACCAUUUUUUAAUAUCGUUUUCAGAAACGUUAGAUGAUGCACUUGUUACUGCUUCUGGUGUGCGAUGAGUUAAAAUAGGAUGUCGAUUUAAGAAUGACCUAUACCAGUGGUCACCUAAAAAUAAUAUGCAGGUUAUUAUAAAUUAUAAAAUCAACUAAAAUAAAUGUCUAAAGGAAUAAGAAAAAGGAUACCUGGCAUGUUAUUUUUAAAUGGAUUUGGACGUUUAUCAUCAUCUAAAAACUGUUUCACUGAUAUCUGUAAAUCAAUUUUCCGUCUUGGAAAGCCUUUUUUCUGACUUCUGACGAGAAUCCAAGCUACGAGCAGCUUUUCCUCAUUUUCAGUCAGGUAAGUAUUUGGACCAGGUCUAGCUUUGGAAAAUUUAGCUCCCAAUCGGAAUUGGAGAGUAGAUCUAGGGAUUUGGUACUUCUUGGCUACAGACUUUUUUGUUGUUGCGCCGUUUUUAAUUUCGCUCAAAGCUUUCUGAAUUAAUUCUUCACUAUAUUUUUUAAUAGCAUUUUUUUAUUUUUCUUUGUAAUUUUUCCCAUCUAGAAAUAAUACAAAUUUAGGUAGAUUAAUUUCACUUAAGGGAUUUUAUAAGGAGGAAAAAAUUUGAAAAGUUUACAGAAAAAAUGCAAAGUCGGAGUUACAGUAGAUAUAAAAAAGGUAGGAGUGUAAUAUUAAAGGUUAGACAUAAUUUGCCCGUUGAUUUAUAUUCUGGUGAUGCAUUAGAAAGAACGAAACACGUGUUAUUAUUAAUAUUGUACACCCUUAUAUUAAUAUUAAUUUUCCUUUCUUACAAACAUUAAUACAAUUUUUUUAGCCACCUCAAAUAACAUUUUAAAAUUAUAAAAGCAAGUAAAUUACUAAAUCAAAAUAGUGUGAUAAAAAGGAGGUGCCAAUCAUUAGAGUGCUAAUUAAAAUGCUAAAUCCAAUAGUUGGCAUGGGUGCCAAAGAAUUGGAAAAUCAUCAAUUAUCAUGCCCAAUAAUUGGCACCCUUAAAAAAGAGAAAAAAUUUUAGGUUAGAAUCGGUUAAACCAUUUUUAGCUUUAAUUUACGCUUUAUCCAACAAAUCAAAUAUCUACUACAGGCAAUUCUUCUGUCCAAAGUACCAAAAUAUUACAUAAUUGUCAAACAGAUUCUUACCUUGACGCUAAUUUUUGAUAGAAUUCACAUCACCUCACUACACUUUUACCGGCUAAAGCCAUAAACAAUAUUACACAACGUGAACAAUGAAGUCUGGUUAUUGGGCAGGGUUGCCGCUAUUUGUCUAUUUUCUUAGAAUUUAAAUUAAUUUGAAUUCGACUUUUUUAUUCAAAGAAAACUACUAAGGGUGCCAAUAUUUGGUCGAGUGCCAACAAUUGGGUGUUUUACCCUAUAUGCCAAAACAACGAAUGUGCUCUUAACACGUUCACUGCCACCACGGUCUAUAAGACCGAGAAAAAAGUGUUCCAACUAAAAAAAAUUGGUCUUAUAGACCGAGAUAGAAUGUUACGCACAGGCCAGCUCGGUCUAUAAGACCGGCUCUCAAGCGCCGCCGGUCUUUUCUCUUAUGGCAGUAGGCAUGAAAAUAGACCGAGCCGGCCUGUGGGAAAGGUUCGCACAUACCAGUUUUGAAUUUCCGUUUUUUUUUUGUCUAAUAAAUAAUAAUUUAAUAUUAACUUAUGUUUUCUUUUAUAUACAAUUUAUUUUAUUGGCAUAUUUCGUAAAAAAUGGCAUAAUGAAAUCACUUAAAUAAAUGUCAACAACAAUAUAUUUUGGAUAAAGAAGGAACAAGUUAAAAAGAUCAAAAUGGAAAAACAUCGAAACUGAAAAAAAUCAUAUUCUCUAGAAAUUCGAAAGCGUUAAAGACAAAUUGUACAACAGAUUAAAGACUGACUAAAUCCUGUGAACUACGCUAAAACAAACAUACAUUUGGUUCAUUAGGACAAGAUUGUCAAUAAGUUCUCACUUUUUUAGGUUUCUUGCGAGCUUCCAUCCACUUUCUGACUUUACCUUUUCGUAACAUUUGGUACAUGGUCGCCUCUUGUUAUACGGAAGAGUUCCAAUUUCAUGUCGUUUUCGGAUUCUUUGUGUGUCAGGUUCAACAUUAUUAUCAGGAAAGGAUUCACAUAACUUGUAGGUUGUCCGUUUGCGAAAGUCGUAAAACAAUUGGCAUAUUUUCUUUCGUCACCUGUUUCUAUAUUAUCCAAGAGUUUACUAAAGCAGUAUUCAAAAUUAUUUCAAACGCUAAUUUGCGUUACCACUUCAACGAUUUCCUUAGUGGCGAUUGAUAUGCUGUCAUUUGAUCAGACAAGUCUUGUGGACAAAUCGCGCUUGUCACGCCAUUUUAGAACAGAUAUGCCUGGUGCAUUUUCUCUAAUGACGUGUUCACCAAUCUUCAGUUUUUUUCAAUGACUUCCUUAGGUAAACCCUUACGGUUUUUUCUGAGUGUACCUAGAAGGUGUGUUUGCUUCUCUAAUAGUUUAGAAGCCAGCUCCACAUUAGUGUACCAGUUGUCGGUGACAACAGUUCGGCCGCAGUUUAAAAUUGGUUAACAUAGGUUCAUUACCACAUUUGUAGGUGUAGUUUUGGUUAGUUCCAAAUUUUUCCCUGCAUAUAUUUGCAUGCUGUAUGUAAAACCGCCAUUGCUACAUAACUUGAACAACUUGAUUCCGUAUCAGUGGCACUUGUUUUUUAUAUACUGCUUCAUUACAAGUCUUCCUCUAAAUGGAAUUAAAGAUUCAUCUAUACAAACAGUUUCUGAAGGGUUGUAUAAACUCUGAAUAUUUUUCUGUACCUUGUUCAAUACUGGUUGUACUUUAUGUAACCGAUCGUUAUUACUGUUAUCUUCAUUGUUUGAAAAAUGAACCAUACGGAGAAGAAGUUCAAAACGAUUACGGCUCAUGCAUUAUGUGGGCAUUGCAAUUUUGAACAUUUUUUCUUUGCUCCAGUAACAUGAAAUACUUGGCAUUUUCACAAUACCCAUGUAGGAAACAAGACCAAAGAAUCGUUUUAUUUCAAACUUAUCCGUUGGCGUCCAGUCAUGUAAUCGUGAUUGCCUGGAUGUAUCAUUUCUUGUACAUAUUGUUUGGGUCGCAUACAAAUUUGUUUCAUCCGCUACAUAUGCGAAAAAAUCGUCAUCGAUCAGUAAGAAAUAAAAGUCUUCUGGAUUUGAUUGAUGCAUCAAGGCAGCAAAUUCAGGAAUUACACCUUCAUUCUCAGCAAACCGGAUAAGAUUGGGCUGGUUCCCCAUUGGCAAUGUCCAUAUAUCAUCACCAAUCUUAUCUGGCAUGGAUACGUCGUGUUGUGUUAGGGAUUCGGCAUCCGAUUGGUAUCCCCCUCCAUCAAUUUCUAAUUAAGCGGAAGAUGUUGAUUGUAACGCUCCAGUCGUGUGUGUCGUGGAUUGAAAACUUGAUGCCUGAGCCCCAGUCUCUAGUUCUGAAAAUAUGAAAAAAAAAACAAUUUUACCUGAAUCAAAAUCCGAUUCUUCAGCAGACAAGUCAAUAUUUGUAGCUAUAGCCUCUAACCCAGCAUUAGUUAGUGAUCUCUGUCUUUUAUAAGACGUUAUUCUUCCGAAUAAAACAAAACACAAUAUAAACGAGUAAAUAUUACACAAAAACAUGCACAGUGAACGGAGCGGGCAUUGGGCAAACAAACUAAUCCACGAACAAUAAAAAAUACAAACAAGUCAGCGCAAGUCAAGACGGACCGUGGUAUCGGACCGAGCGUUCCAAAUCGAAGUCGAGAUUCGUUUUCGCCGACUCGGUCUAUUAUAGGACCGUGAGGGAAAACAACAACUUUUGAAGGCUGUAUGGGAUAUUUUUCAACAUUUUCGCUAGAAUUUCUUUAGCUAUGCAGUACUAUAUUUAAUGGCAACAUUGGCCUGUAGGACAAAAUUUCAAAAAAUCCAUAUCCGUUGGCCUGGGCAAAUCACCUCCUCACCUCCAGCUAACCUCACUUUAAUAUGUCAAAUGGGAACCCCCAUCGUGUGAUACAUCAUAGUAAGGAGCGUAAAAUUCUCUAUUCAACGGUACCAAAAAAAAUGAAAUCGGUAAAUGUGUAAGCAAAUAGUUAGCGAAAAUGUCUAGAAAUAAUGAAUAUUUUUUUUACGCCAAACUUUGGUAUGUCAAAUGGCUACCCCAUGGUGUGAUACAUUAUUUUAAAGGGCAUUCAUUAUGCUAUCAAUGGUUGUAAAAAAAAAUAAAAUUGAUUGACCAAGAAGCAAUUAAAGUGUAAAUCGGUAGGGUAGAAAAACAAAUUUUAUUAGUUUAACAAAUUUAUUUUAUUAAAUGUUCAAAAUGCGGGCCAUUAUUAGCAAGAUAAUAAAAAAGCCUAUUUUCAAACUCCUUACGAACAUUGGGAAGGGUCUGCCCGCUAAUAUCUCUGCAUUCUUGAAAUAUUCUAUUUUUUAAAUUUUCAAUACUCUCAGGUGGGGUUUUAUAAACUUUGCUUUUUACGUAGCCCCAACGAAAAAAGUCUAUUGGGGUUAGGUCCGGAGACCGCGCAGGCCAUUCGAUUGCACCACGUCUGCCAAUCCACUUUUCUCGAAAAUUUUCAUAAGACUGUUAUUUCAUAACAGUCUAUACUUUUUUUUAUUGUUAUUUUUAUAAGACUGCAAAGAUUUUUGCAAAAAAUUUGAAGACACUCUUUUUUCUCGCAAAUAACGGUACACAUUCUUUACUUAAAAAAAUAAAUAAUUUGCUUAAACUAAAUGUACUGUUUGUUACCACACAUUUUAACUUCUAAAUUGCUUGUAUUUUUUUUUUUUGAUGAUCUAUUAUAAAAAAUGUAAGAAUUUUAAAAUGAUGCAGGUACCACACUAAAAGUAUUCAUUUAAAAUACCAAAGUGUGGCGUAAAUAAAAUAUUCAUUAUUUCUAGACGUUUUCGCUAACUAUUUGCUUACACAUUUACCGAUUUCAUUUUUUUUGGUACUGUUGAAUAGAGAAUUUUACGCUGCUUACUAUAAUGUAUCACACGAUGGGGGUUCCCAUUUGACAUAUUAAAGUGAGGUUAGCUGGAGGUGAGGAGGUGAUUGACAGAACUUCGGUAAAUGCAUAAUUAAACGUCCCCCUGUAUAUCUAAUUUGAUGUGUUUUUUUUUUUUUUUUAAGAAAGUUAUUACGGGUGGAUCGUUUUGAAAUGAAAGCACUGUAUAUCAGCACUCUAAAAAAAGGGUGUAUUUUAGUGCUCAUCCCAAUAUUAAAUAGGCUUUUCUCAAUUUGCACAUUCGCGGUUUUGGCAUUGGACGAUGUGUUAGUGGCCUCUGGAGGGUGCUAUUGAAUGCUUAAAUUGUGACCUCAUAAUUUGAUCGCCAGAAUCAAAUGUCUCAAAGGCGCUUAAAAAAAAUGUUUUACAGCAUCUUACUCGCUAAAAUACGGCCUUAUUUUCCGGUUUCCGUCAACUUAAUUUUUUUUACUUUUUCGUCAAAUACCACUGCCAAUAUACUUAGGUGCUUUUUAAAUUAUCGAGAUUUUAUAUAUAUUUUUUUGCUUCUUUAUGUUAUAGAGGUGGGCAACGAUACCGCGAUGAAACGACACGCGUAAAUGAAAAAAAAAUCAAUUGUUGAGGUUGCCAUGGUAAAAAGUUGGAACAGUUUUUUUUUACUGGGUAACAUGUGGGAUCUUUAUAAGUAUUAAAUGCACAACAAAGCAAAUACUCAAAAUUCACAUUAUCACAAAAAGUCUUAAUUAAAAUUACGGAUUCAUGUUUCUCUCAGGGGAUUUUUUUUACAAGAGCACCUACACAAAUACAAGUUCUUUGUUAAAGGAAGAACUAUUAGUAUAUUUUAUGCGUCACUUUAUUUGAGGUAGAAGUUUUUUAAUAGUUGGGUUGUGUGUGUCGAAAAAAUAUUUCCGAGCGAAACAUGUGAUUUUAAUUAAAGGUUUUGGAUGUAGAGCAUUUUUUUAGUGCUUGUGAUUUGUUUUAAAAAGUAUGUUUCUCAGUCGAAUUUUUUUUUUAAAUGACCAUGGUUUAUCUUGACAAAUAUAAUUUAUUUUUCAUUAUUGGCUUAGCCACUAUGCCGUCCCGAUAUCUUUCCCUCGUCCUGUAUAUUCGCUGUUAGUUCGUUAAUGAUUAUUUUGUGAUAUAAUUAUUUGCAAUGUUUAAUAUUAUUAUUACUAAUAAUACUUGUAUUUAAAUGUAAUCUGGUGAGGUGUUACAUUUGAUAGGUAUUUAACUGGACUGAAAGCAGUUAUAAAAGUGGAUUAGUCUUAAGAAAGUUCUGCACCUUGAAUGUAACACGUCAUAUUAAAUGUAUUAUUUAAAAGCAUUUAUUAGAAUAUUUAUUGACUAUAAUAGAGAGUUAAAAUAAUGCUAAGAACAGGGUAUUUUUGUUUUUGCAACGUGUCAAGACAACUUUUAAAAUAAACCAAAAAUGCAAUAUUGUUAAGGCCUUGUUAUAUUUUUAUUUAGUGCUUAAACUUUUAAUAACAGAGUGAUUUAGCAUGUAGUUUUAAAAUUUUAGAUACUUUUUCUUUUAAAUAUUCCAAAAUAUAUAAUAUGCUGUUUGGUG